UCUGGAAGAAAAUGGCUUACCGAGGCAGCGUGAAACCAUACGUCAACUUCAACGCAAAACAUGAUGCUGAAAUCCUGCAUAAGGCCAUGAAGGGAAUCGGCACGGAUGAAGAUGCCAUCCUGAUGCUGCUGACAGCGCGCAAUAAUGAUCAGCGCCAGCAAAUUAAGACGGCCUACAAAAAGGCAUAUGGAAAGGACCUGGUGAGUGCCCUCAAAUCUGAACUGGGCGGACUCUUCGAGGAUCUUAUAGUGGCUCUGAUGACCCCACCCACUCUCUACGAUGCUACUCUGCUGCACAAGGCCCUUAAGGGCGCUGGGACUAAUGACGAUGUGCUGAUCGAAAUCCUGGCCUCCAGAACUGCAGACGAAAUCAAAGAUAUAAUCAAAGUGUACAAGAAAGAGUUCAGCAACAAACUGGAGAAAGAUAUAUGCGGUGACACGUCGGGACACUACCAGAAGCUCCUGGUGAUCCUGCUGCAGGCGAGCAGGGAGGAAGAUGUGGAUGAAGGAAAAAUUGAGAAAGAUGCUAAGGACUUGUACGCUGCCGGUGAGGGGAAGUUUGGCACAGAUGAGGAAAAAUUCAUCAACAUCCUUGGAAACCGCAGCCCCGAGCAUCUGCUAAAAGUCUUUGCCGCCUACAAGAAGAUUGCCGGCUGUGAUAUUGAGGAGAGCAUCGAAGGCGAGACCACAGGGAAUUUGGAGAAUUUGCUUCUUGCUGUUGUGAAAUGCAUCAAAAGUACUCCAGCCUUUUUUGCUGAAGUCCUGUAUCACUCAAUGAGGCGUGCAGGAACUGAUGAUGACACCUUAAUGCGGGUAAUGGUGUCCAGAAGCGAAGUGGACAUGCUGGACAUCCGGGCAGCAUUCAAGAAGAAGUACGGAGCAUCCCUGUACACCACUAUUCAGGAGGACACAGCGGGCGACUACCAGAAGGCUCUGCUGUACCUGUGCGGGGGCCAGGAUUAAUGGGCAGCUCUGAGCGAUGACCCACCCGCAAACUGCUCCCAGACAAAGCUACUCCCAG